GGGCGUCCGAGGAUGCUGAACCGGAUGGUGGGUGGCCAGGACGCCCUGGAGGGCGAGUGGCCCUGGCAGGUCAGCAUCCAGCGCAACGGAAGCCACUUCUGCGGGGGCAGCCUCAUCACAGAGCGCUGGGUCCUCACCGCGGCGCACUGCUUUUCCAACACCUCCGAGACAUCCCUGUACCGGGUCCUGCUUGGGGUGCGGCAACUGGUGAAGCCAGGGCCCCACGCCGUAUACGCCCGGGUGAAGCGGGUUGAGAGUAACCCCCUGUACCAGGGCAUGGCCUCCAGUGCUGACGUGGCCCUGGUGGAGCUGGAAGCACCUGUGACCUUCUCCAAUUAUAUCCUCCCCGUGUGCAUGCCUGACCCCUCGGUCGUCUUUGAGGCGGGCAUGAACUGCUGGGUCACCGGUUGGGGCAGCCCCAGUGAGGAAGACCGCCUGCCCAACCCGAGGGUCCUGCAGAAACUCGCUGUGCCCAUCAUCGACACACCCACGUGCAACUUGCUCUAUAGCAAAGAUGCCGAGUCGGGCUUCCAGCCCAAAACCAUCAAGGACGACAUGUUGUGUGCUGGCUUUGCCGAGGGCAAGAAGGACGCCUGCAAGGGCGACUCGGGCGGCCCGCUCGUGUGCCUGGUGGCCCAGUCAUGGCUGCAGGCUGGGGUGAUCAGUUGGGGCGAGGGCUGCGCCCGCCGGAACCGCCCAGGUGUCUACAUCCGCGUCACCUCCCACUACGACUGGAUCCGUCGGAUCAUUCCAGAAUUACGGUUCCAACAGGCUAGGUCGGGUGGCCAGAAGCGGGGGCCCCGGGACCAGCAGCCCCUCGCUCUGAACUCUGCGCCCUGCCUGGCGGCCCACGUGGCCCUCUUGGCCCUUGUGGCCCUGCUCACCCUCCUCUGAGCCCUGGGGCCCAUGGUGUACAUUUGUAAAUAGCACUCCCGUCCUUUCCUGUCAAAUACCCGGUUAUUUUUUAUUUAUGU